UGCCGCUCCCCGGGUCAGCUGUGUUUACAUUGUCUCGCGGACCCUCGCCUGCUGCUGCCUCUGCCUGCCACCACCACCACCACCACCAGCUCCUUCAUGCCCUCCAGCGGCCCUCCUCCACCUGUCACCUGAGGGCUGGGAGGAGGAAUGUGACCCCCUCAUUGUAAGUGAAAUGGCAUCAGGAAGUAAGGCAGCAGUGUUGGCUCGCAUGGAGCAACUUUACCGCGAGUACAACCAGCUCUCACAGUUCCUCAGGGCAAUUCCUGAUUCAUCAGAAGAUGUGGUUAAUGCAACUAAUGCUGCACCUGAUAUUAUUUCGGUUGAGUCCUUAAAACAGCAAGUCAAGAACCUUAAAGCACAACUGGAAGAGUUAGCCACAGGGAAGGCCACAGCAGAGAAAACUCUUCAGCAGCAGAAGAAUGAGAGCAUCAAACACAUAGACAAAUUGAAACGAGAGGUUGCAGACUUAAAAGAUGACACAGAUGUUUUGAAGGAUAUUCUAAAGAGGCUGAAUGAAGAACUAAAUAGGUAUCAUAUAAAGUAUGGAAAACUGCCGCAAGGAAUUAUUGUAUCAAGCAAAAAGGAAAUUACUCACUCCAGUCUGUAUAAGUUCUCUGGGCUCUUGCAUGCAUAUGAUGAGAUACUGCAGGAGAGGGACACCAUUAUAAGAAGCAGUAGUGAAAAGAUGGAGGAGUUGAUGGUGCAGGUGAAUUCCAUUACUGCUGAAAAUGAAAAACUCCAUGCACGCCUGGAGAAGAUGCGGUCACAGGUACCAUUGGGGUCAGAAGAAGCAGAAAUGGUUGCCGCUGAUGCCAAAUUGUUGUUAGAGGAGCGAGAACUCUUGAUGGAGGAGCUGCAGAGACAACGGCAGCAUAACAAGCAAGCUGACCUGCAAUAUCAACAACAAGUACAAACCUUUCAACAAAAAAUUGAAGAUUAUGAACACCAAAGCCACAGUUUGACUUCUGAAAUGGACACUUGGAAGGCAAAAUGUACGCAGCUGGAGAGGAGGUGCAGCUCCCUACAAGACCAGCUUCAGAGUUCUGUCUCACAACAGGAACAUGAAAUGGCUGUCAAGGAGUGUGAAAGAUUGUUUGAGGAGCUCCGUACAGCCUACAAACAAGAGUCUGGGAACAUAAAAGGAAAACUCCAUGCAGCAAGAAGUGAGAAGCAUAAUUUGGCUGAGAAACUUACCGACACGUCUGCCUACCUGCACAGACUCAACGGCCAGGUGUCAGGACUGAAAGGAUCUCUGAGGAAGUAUGAGACCCGCAUGGAAAGGAGGAAGCAUUCUCUGAGAGCUUUGCAGGCCUCUGUGCGUCUCACUUACUCCCGCCUCAAGGCUCUUGCUAAAGUUUGCAGUGAGCUCCUUGAUGACAGAAAAGAACUUCUGGAGGCUGUAGCAAUGCAAAAGAAGGAAAGAGAGGAGCUUUGCAAGGAAGUGACUUUGCGCAGUGCUGCUGUGGGAGCACUGUCACAGAAACUGAAGGAGGAGCGUCUAGUGUGGAGUGGACGUAUAGCUGAGAGGGACGGUGCCAUGAAGGCGGCCAGAGCAGCAUGGAAGCGCUCCACCAGAGAGUCUUCACACCUGCGAGGUCUGCUGGCUACUAAAGAUGAUACUAUUGCUUCGCUUAUCUCAGAUUAUAAGUUACUGGGACUAAGUACAAAUGAGGCCAGAUAUCAGAACCACCGUAAUCAACAUAAACUGUCUGGAAAGUUACUUUAACCCAGUAGCUGCGGGGAUCAUGUUUCUUAACCCGAUAGCUGCGGGGAUCAUGUUUCUUAACGGUCCCUCUAAGUGAGAAAAAUGAGAAAAAAUCAUGACUCACACAAACCAUUUCAAAAUAUAUAUCAAUGCAUUUGUGAUCAGUUUAUGCAUCAUCUAUUUUUUGGGGUUUAUAUCAUGGCAAAAAUUUGGCCCGUCGCUGGUACAUGGUAAGGCCACAAAUUUGGCCCGUCGCUGGUACACGGUAAAGCCACAAGUUUGGGCGUCGCUGGUACACAGUAAAGCCACAAAUUUGGCCCGUCGCUGCUACUGGGUUAAUGGAGGAGAGUGUCUAGUCAAAAAGGAGAGAUUUUAUGGAAGAACACUAAAUGCACUCUGGCAGAACUGCAUGUGCAUUAUUUAUCGAGUUAUGAGAUCGCCUUCCCUCGAGGAGCCCAGAAUCCUUGCUUUCCCCUCACCCCCACUUUUCACCUGCCAUUUCUGCAACAUAAUAUUCAUUGUAAAAUCUGGGCCGCAGUUUGUGGCUUAUUUUCUUUCAUUACUAAACAUCAGCAAUUCUUCCCAGCAUCUAAUAGUGGAGGAGGCAGUGGGAUGGUUAAAUGGCUGUGUUUAUCAGUCUCUCACUCUCACUCCCUGAAGAUAAAGUUGGGUCCUAGGAAGGGUUAAGUUACCAUAGAGUUAUUGAACAUCGGAGAUAAUUAUAAAGAGAGAUACUUGGAUGGCUGUGAUGGAUAGAGUAUACUGCUCUUAAUUACAUAUAACUUUUUGGGAUUGGUGCUAUGAAUCUCACACCCAUUCUGUAUAUUUGCUAGGUUUCUACCAAAUAGAGGAUACGUUUGUCUUAGGAAUACUACAAGAAUGACUUGGAAUUAUGCAAACAGCAGAGGAAUAUUGAUACAAGUGCAGUUCCUUCACAUAUGGUAAAGCACAACAGAAAUAAUGCAAGAUUUAGUGACAUUGACGUCUGAGAUGAGCCAAUGUUUUUUUCUCUUUACGGUGUUUUUAAUUAAUCUAGUCAGUGUGUGUGUGUGUGUGUAGAGAUAAGACACUACCAAGUUAUGACUGUUGUACUGCUCCAGGAAUAAAGUCAAUUGUUUGUC